AUGAAUUCGACAUGGGGAUAUUCCAUUAAGAAACCUCAAGAGAUGAAGAGUAAACAUUAUGAGAAGGUCGACAACUUUGUUGAAAGGUUUUCUCCUUUUGUUUUGAAGUACGAAUUCACUCAAGGUCAAAGUGGCUUAGUAACCACAUUAAAACCUAUUGUCGAACAUUGGUCUUACCCUCAGUUCGCAAAGGCAGUCCUUGACAACUACAACAAAUUCUUCUCCGAAGUCAAAUCCAAAGUGAAGGUUUACUAUGAGAACAUUGACGCACUCAUGACGAACGAAGAAGGAUACAACAAACUCAUUGAAAUGGGAAUGGUCGGUGAAAAGAUGGGCUGUUUUAAGCUAGAUAAGGUAUUUUCCGAAGUUCAUGUCCUCUCCAAGCGUAAGUACUGGGGCAUACUUGAAGACGGCACAGAAAUAAAACAUUGCAUGAAGUAA